GUGGAGACAGCUGGAGAAAGUGCCGAUCCCCGAUGCGAAGCGAGCGAGCGAUAUCGCCAAUCAAAAAGUUUCGAGAUCGCAGAGGUGUGGUUCAUAAUCUGGCCGUGCUUCUCCUCGCCCAAAGCUUCAUAUAGAGCGCAACACACUCGAAAUCGGAGAUUUGUACUGGUACUGCAGGGCAUUGGAUCGCAUUGCAGCUUCCACACCAUUCAGCUGGGUUUGAUUGCUUCACAAUUGUUUCUCAUUCCUUCGUGGCUUGGGAUAUAUCAACAUCAACAUGUUGCUCCCACAGCUCAGAACCAGGGCGAAUGCCUCACUUCUCACCUCGAGAAGAACUUCACAAUACAUACGUUCAAUAUCCUCCACAACCUCUCUCCGCAAUGACGAACCCAAACUCAAUAAAGUCUCCGCCGCCAUCACACAACCCAAGUCCCAGGGAGCAUCACAAGCUAUGCUGUACGCUACCGGUCUGACAGACGAAAGGCGGAAUAAGGCACAAGUAGGGAUCUCGUCUGUGUGGUACACAGGAAAUCCAUGUAAUAUGCAUCUGUUGGAUCUCAACCACCGAGUGAAAGAGGGUGUGGAGAGGGCUGGCUUGGUCGGAUAUCAAUUCAAUACCAUUGGAGUCUCGGACGGUAUUUCCAUGGGUACAAAAGGUAUGCGGUAUUCUCUUCAAUCGAGAGAUUUGAUCGCCGAUAGUAUCGAAACUGUGAUGGGCGGUCAAUGGUAUGAUGCCAAUAUCUCCAUUCCUGGAUGCGACAAGAAUAUGCCUGGAGUCAUGAUGGCCAUGGGACGAGUCAAUCGUCCUUCUCUGAUGGUCUACGGUGGUUCGAUCAAGCCUGGCUGCUCUGUUACACAGAACAACGCCCCGAUUGAUAUCGUGUCUGCCUUCCAAGCAUACGGUCAGUUCAUUACUGGCGAGAUCACAGAAGAAGUCCGAGACGAUAUCAUCCACCACGCCUGCCCCGGUGAAGGAGCAUGCGGAGGCAUGUACACAGCAAAUACCAUGGCCACAGCUAUCGAAGUAAUGGGAAUGUCCCUCCCUGGCUCAUCAUCCAACCCCGCCCAGUCUCAAGCCAAAUACCUCGAAUGUCUCGCUGCAGGAGGUGCUAUCAAGGUCCUCCUUCAAGAAGAUAUCCGCCCCCGCGACAUCAUGACACGCCAAGCAUUCGAGAACGCCAUGGUCGUUGUCAACAUCACUGGUGGUUCAACCAAUGCCGUCCUCCAUCUCAUCGCCAUCGCAGACAGCGUCGGCGUGAAACUCACAAUCGAAGACUUCCAAGCCGUAUCAGACCGCACACCCUUCCUCGCAGACCUUAAGCCUUCCGGGAAAUACGUUAUGAACGAUCUCUUCAAUAUCGGCGGAACCCCUUCCCUUCUGAAAUUCCUCCUCAAAGAAGGCGUCAUCGACGGCUCAGGCAUGACCGUCACCGGCCAAACACUCGCCAAGAACCUCGAAUCCGCACCCGACUUCCCCUCCGACCAAGAUAUCAUCCGCCCCUUCUCAUCCCCUAUCAAAGAGACCGGACACAUCCAAAUCCUCCGCGGGUCCCUCGCCCCAGGCGGCUCUGUCGGUAAGAUCACCGGCAAGGAAGGUCUCCGCUUCGUCGGAAAGGCGAAAUGCUAUGACGCCGAAGACGACUUCAUCGCUGCUCUCGAGAGAGGCGAGAUCAAGAAGGGAGAGAAGACAGUCGUUGUCAUCCGUUACGAAGGACCUAAAGGUGGCCCUGGAAUGCCAGAGAUGCUCAAGCCCUCCUCAGCCAUCAUGGGUGCCGGUCUCGGUAAAGACGUAGCGCUCAUCACAGACGGACGCUUCAGCGGCGGAUCGCACGGGUUUCUGAUCGGACACAUCGUCCCUGAAGCGCAGGAGGGAGGACCGAUCGGUUUGGUUAGAGACGGUGAUGAGGUUGUUAUUGAUGCGGAGACGAAGGUGCUGGAUUUGAUGGUCGAUGAGGAGGAGUUGGUUAAGCGGAGGAAGGAGUUUGUCCCGAAGCCGGCGAAGUAUACAAAGGGCACGUUAGCCAAGUAUGCGAGGUGCGUGAGUGAUGCUAGUCAUGGGUGUAUUACCGAUGGGGAGUUUGUUGCUGCGUAGGGAGAUUUUACCACCAGUAGUGCAAUGAAGGCAGGUAGUGGUUUUUCGGAAGAGUGGUUUCGAAGGAGGAAAAUGUACUGUAUUUUUCAGCUUUUAUCUGGAAUCGGAAAUGGAAUCCAAAAAGUCUUCGAGUUACUUGUCUGCUUGACUACAUCAUCGCACUCUUGGCUGAGUGUCAUACAAUUGUGAUUUCUCCAACAUCAAUGCUACUUCCAGCUACGAGUUCAAUCGUCGCAUAUACCUGGCAUAAGAGAGUGGGGAAAGAAAUACAUCUUGUGAAUUACCAGCCAAGGUAAAUUUGUUGUCCAAGAAAUCUGAUCAUCUCUUGGGCAGCUCGCUUAUUAUGUUGAUUUCCCCCGAAUCGGCAGACUAGGG